UUCCAUUAUGACAGAAUUCUAAUUAUAUUCCUCAUCCACAAUUGUUCUUACUUCAGUUUGUUCAGAAGAAGCCAUAGUUAAUGCAGGUUCACCAUGGCUUGUGAACUGCAGGGAUAACUGGAAACAUUCUACAAGACCUACCUGAAUAUCAUGGCCUUUUAUAUCACUUGAUCUUUAAUGAGGAGAAACAAUAUAGUUACAGCACCUAGGGAGAUGAGGUGGGUUCCUUUCCCUAUGCAUAUGUUGCCCCACAGACACAAUGAAUGAUGCUUGUUCUGUUUUCAAGUUUCUGCAGCAAAGAGCUACUUCUGUAUUGGUCUGUUAACACUUCAACCAUUCUAUUUUGGUUCUUCGAGAGGCAGCUUGCUGUUCUGGCAUGCUAGACAAGGGAGGAUUUGAUCUAAAUUUAGUUGGAGUAAAUAUGACAUUGCUCUUCCACUGGAUUGGGAUUUUCCAUUUAUAGAAUGAUGAGUUAGUUUUACCUUCGUCCUUUCUAACACCCAUCCCAAUGUCCCCACUCCCUUCCUUGGCAGCAGAGGUUAGAGUCCAGUUCUACUGAGAUGUUUUUGCAAUUGUCAUCAUUUAUUCUUUUGUAUUUAAAACUGAGGAAUGCAUGAUUACCCCUCUGGAUCUCCUGGUACCUCCAGGUCAUCAGUCACUCGAUGUAAGCCAGGAGCCAACUGCCCCAGUUCACACGGUGGCAUCAGUAGACAACUGUCUCCUUUAUCUAUCACUGAGGAUUCUUCUGCUCCCAUCCUUGAACUUCAGAGCCGAGGAUCCUCUGGAGUUUGUGGACAUAGAGUCGAGAGACAGAACAGAUCAGGGGAAGAUGGGACACAGACUCAUCCUGAGAACAGCAGCCAAGAAAACAGAAUCAAGGCUCGCUGCCUGUCCUGCACGUCCGUGGUUCUGAAGGCCGUCUGGGGACUCUUGAUCAUAUUGUCAGUUUCUUCGUCUUGGGUUGGAACCACACAGAUUGUAAAAAUUACUUAUAAGAACUUCUACUGUCCAUUUUUCAUGACAUGGUUUUCAACAAACUGGAACAUUAUGUUUUUUCCGGUCUAUUAUUCUGGUCAUCUGGCCACUGCUCAAGAAAAGCAAUCUCCAAUGAAAAAAUUCAGGGAAUGCAGUCGGAUUUUUGGUGAAGAUGGUCUGACGUUGAAGCUCUUUCUUAAAAGAACUGCUCCCUUUUCUAUUCUAUGGACUUUAACAAAUUACCUGUACUUACUGGCUUUAAAGAAGCUGACGGCCACAGAUGUCUCUGCUCUGUUCUGUUGUAACAAAGCCUUUGUCUUCCUGCUGUCGUGGAUUGUGCUGAAAGACAGGUUCAUGGGAGUGAGGAUAGUUGCCGCAAUAAUGGCAAUUACUGGCAUUGUCAUGAUGGCAUAUGCAGAUAAUUUCCAUGCUGAUUCCAUCAUUGGUGUGGCAUUUGCAGUCGGCUCAGCCUCAACGUCUGCAUUAUAUAAGGUUUUGUUUAAGAUGUUCCUUGGAAGCGCCAACUUUGGGGAAGCCGCACACUUUGUCUCCACCAUGGGUUUCUUCAAUUUGAUCUUCAUCUCCUUCACCCCGGUCAUCUUGUAUUUCACCAAGGUGGAGCACUGGUCCUCGUUUGCAGCUUUGCCAUGGGGCUGUCUCUGCGGAAUGGCUGGACUAUGGCUAGCUUUCAACAUUCUGGUGAAUGUCGGUGUAGUGCUGACAUACCCUAUCCUCAUCUCCAUUGGGACCGUGCUCAGCGUUCCUGGAAAUGCAGCUGUGGACCUCCUGAAGCAGGAGGUGAUAUUUAAUGUCGUCCGCCUGGCUGCUACCAUCAUUAUCUGCCUAGGGUUCCUGCUGAUGCUGUUGCCUGAGGAGUGGGAUGAGAUCACCCUGAGGUUCAUCAACAGCCUGAAGGAGAAGAAGAGCGAGGAGCACGUGGAGGACAUGGCCGAUUCCAGCGUGCACCUGAGGAGCAGAAGCAGGGCCAAUGGGACAGUGUCUAUACCACUGGCUUAAGGGGGACACAAUUUGAAUGCACGUCGUAUGUAUAUUCUGUGAAUAUAAUCAAAUUUUCUCUCUACUUGUACGCUCAAAUGACAGUAUUAACUCUGAAUUUGGAUAAAUCAUAUGUAAAAUAAUGCCAACGAUAAAAGUUUACAUUUAUAUGCUUAUCG